AUGACUCGAUGGCGGGACCAGCGCUGGGUCCCAGGCAACAGAGCCAGCGCUGCCCCAGCGCUGCCACCACCCUCUCGCCAGCGCUGGGCCAGCGCUCGUGCCACCCUGGCACGACGCGUAGGCCAGCCUGGGGGCCAGGGCUGCUGCGUGCAAAUGUUGCAGAUUGAGCGGGACCUGAUUGAAAAGGAGCAGGAGGACGAAUCGAAGGAGGCAAAGCCAGACUCAAAGGCAGACUUCUGCCGACGGAUGCCGUCCAUACACAAAGGCCAGGACCACAAAGUCCAAGAUCAGACCAAAGCCCUUCUUCCCGACGUGUGGCGAACGCAGGUUGUGCAUUCCUUGCUGCGGCUUCGAAGACGCGAGCAGUUGCAGCUUCUUCAAGAAUGGCGAAUGGAUAUGGCGACCUACAAUUGGGAGGUGCAGGAGUGGCGGAGGGAGAGGUCUGCUUUGACCUGUCCGGUCAUGCCUCCUUAUCCAACACAUGUGCCGAGCAGCAAGGAGCUUGCUAGAGUUAUCAUUGAGGCUCGGAGAAUUUGCAAAACCGGAGCACCGCCACCCGUGAGCUUCUCUACCGUCCACAAGAGUGAAGUUGAAGGUACUGGCUUGGAGUGGUACCCCAAAGAGGCAGACAAAGGACUUCAUCAGGAGAAGUUAGAGAUGAUGGAGGAAGUGAUCGAACCCCUGGUCACUCCAAAAGGAAGUGUUCUUGAACCUGAACUGGUCCUGUAG